CCCUCCAGUGGUUCAAUGCUGAAGUGCAUGGAUGCUGCUUUCUCUUUGCAGAGGGAGCUCCUGGUGGGUUGUAUGUACAUUGCAGGUACUAAUGCAAAGAAGGAAGAAAGAAAUGGGCGUCCUAAGAUGUCUGAAUUUGACGAUGAAAAUAAGGGCAUCAAGCCUCCUGCUUAUGAAAGAAUAGUCCUGAAGAAUGUUUCUGAAUACCAUUAUUUGAAGAUCUAUUUGGAGUUUGAAGAAGCUGGCAUUAGUUUAAAUCCUGUUGAUUUCAAACAACUUAUCAUCUCUGCUUUGAAAAGGCUCCAUGGUGAGGUUGGUGCUGCAUUACCUGUUGAUGUUUUGACAUAUGAGGAAAAAACGUUGACUGCCAUACUUAGAGUAUCUAAUGUUGGCCUUGUAAAACUGUGGAGUGCUCUAUCAUUGCUUGGUUCGUACCAGAACAGAAAAUGUGCCUUUAGGGUGAUACAGACUUCUCCAUUUCUUCUUGCGUUAGCUGGGAACAGCAGAGAAAUGGUGCUAGAUUAAUUAUUCAGUUGAUUAUGGUUUGUAUAACACUAUGAUGCUGAUGGCAUUGCCCAAAUGCAGAUUUUUGUGUGUG